AUGGUCGCCAGUGACGAAGUCUCUGAGAUCGACUUCAACGUUAACCCAAGGAGGAUCUCGUCCCUCUUCAUCCGCCGCUGCAAUAACAAGCAAACGUCAGGCGACAUGCUGCUGAUCAAUGGCUCUGCGACCUUCCACAACACCCACCUUGAUGCCUGGAGCGCGAGACCUCACCGUGGCAAGCUUUAUCUCGGAAAGAGGGUCUACAUUAAGGUCCGGCCUAAUCAGAUCCCUUCAUGGGCAGGCUCGACCGAUGGGCUGUCUACUGCAGAGCGGGACAGGAUACUAUCCUACAUAAGGUCGAUGAAUGAGACCAGGAUGGAGGGGACGUGGUGGGAGCAGUGGAGGGGAUACAUUGCUGGAAUUCUCGCCGUUGCUGUCGCUAGGACAAAGCUAAAUGCUGGCCUAUCUGCGACCGCCAAGGGCCUUUUUUUCCUCGGAGCAGGAGGCAAGGCUGCGUUCUGGAACGCCGGACUGAAGGCUUUUGGGUCCGCAGCUGGUCCUGCGAUUCUUCUUGGGAGUGUCGUCGGCGCUGCUGUCUACUUUAUUCCCUGGACCGACAUCUUGUCGUGGCUGGCUGGUAAAGCCCGAUCCUUCGAGACAUGGAUUUCAGAGGUCUGGGCCAAGCUGCACAACUGGUGCAUUGGGAGACAGGAAACCUCUGGACUUGGACACGAUGGGGUACCCCCCGGUGGAUCUUCUGCGGCUCAUGGUUCUGGAUUUGUUGGUGCACGCGGCUUUCAGUCCUUCCCGAUGAUGGCCUGA